AUGAAGGUAUAUUCUGAUAUUCUUUUGUCAUUAAUUAGUUCUUCAGUGUCAGUUAUUGAGAAGCAGGCGUGUGAUAAUGGAUUUGUGUUGCUUGCGAUUAAUAAUGCUUCAAAAUGUUAUUUAUUCCAUGAGUUUCCAAAUCCAUUAAUGGAUGCUAAUGAUUUUAAAGCAGUUUCAAGUUACUGCAAAUCUCAAAGUGGUGAAUUGUUUGAACCGAUCGAUUCAGGCGAUGUUCUUAUCAUGCAAAAGAUCGGUGAGGCAUCAGGCUAUGCCGUGAGAGCUUCUUCCAAAAAUUUUCACCAACAAUAUGGAUAUAUUAAUCAGAAAAUUAAAAAUGCUAAGGAGGAACCCAUAACAGCUGCUGGCUACAAAUAUUCAACCGUGGGGAUCAAUGUCACUGUUUCAAAUUCUACAGAUGCAUUUUGUUUUAUGUUAGAAUUGCCUGGCGGUUGUUAG